GGGAAGCGGGAGGUGCCUGGAGCUGCAGCCCCAGAGCUGGUGAUUGACACGGCCGCCCCACCAGGCCAACACGAGUGGUACAUCUGCCGUGUGAACUGUGGGGCCGCCUUUGCCUUCUCCAGGUGGGCCCAUGUCCAGGUGGAGAGGAGCAGCAGCCCCAGCUCAGGUGGGCCUCGAUUUCUCCAGCGGUUACUGCCCGACCAUGGCAGGGCUGCAGAUCCUGCGGCGCCCUGCUGUCUGGCUGAGGGGGACACACUGGCACUGGAGUGCAGAGCCAUUGGCAACCCCCCACCUCAGUACCAGUGGUUCAGGAACCGGCGCCCCGUGGAGGGUGCACAAGCACCCCAGCUUCAGGUAAAGAUGGUGACGACAGCUGACCGGGGCAGCUACUCCUGCCGCGUGUUCAACCUCUUCCAUGAGGUGUGGAGCUGGGAAGUGGAUGUGGAGAUUGGCCCGCAGCUCUUUGCCUUUGGAGGUUCCUGGCAGGAAGGGGAUGAAGGCUCCCCAGAGCAUGGCAGCCCUGGCCAGCUGUAUGCCACCGACAAAGUGGCCCUGCUGAUUGGCAACAUGCACUACCUGCACCACAAGCAGCUGCAAGCGCCCAUGGUGGAUGUGCACGCCCUCAGCACCCUCCUCCGCCAGCUUGACUUCAAGGUGGUCUCGCUGCUGGACCUGUGCAAGGCUGAGAUGCAGAUGGCUGUCAACGAGUUCCUUCUUCUCCUCGACAAGGGUGUCUACGGUUUGCUCUACUAUGCCGGGCAUGGCUACGAAAAUUUUGGCAACAGCUUCAUGGUGCCCAUCGACGCGCCCAGCUCCUACACCUCGGCCCACUGCCUGUGCGUGCAGCGGGUGCUGCAGAGUAUGCAGCAGCGCCACACUGGCCUCAACAUCUUCCUGCUUGACAUGUGCCGCAAGAGGAAUGACGACAUCAUCCCACAAGUCGGGGCACUGCAGGUCACCGCCAACAUCGUCUUCGACUAUGACACGUGUGCGGAUGCUGAAGCCUAUGAGCUGAGCCAGGGUGAACUUUCCAAUGGCAUCUUUGUCACCUUCCUCAAGCGCUGGCUGCUGGAGGAUGAGAAGAUCACGGUGCUGCUGGACAAGGUGGCUGAGGACAUGGGCACGCUGGAGAUCACGCGGGGCCGGCAGGCGCUGGAGCUCCGCAGCAACCUCUCUGAGAGACGAGCUCUGACGGACCCCAUCCGCCCCCCAGGCCGGGAUGAGUCCUCUGCCAGGAACCUGCAGUGGGCCAAGGCUCAUGUCCUGCCAGAGAGCCGCUACCUCCGCUUUGACUGUGGCAUCACUGUCCAGCUGGGCUUCGCUGCUGAGUUCUCCAACAUCAUGAUCAUCUACACCCGCGUGGUGGCCACCCCUGGGGACAUCGCCAAGUGCGAGGCCAAGCUCACCGACAUACCCGAGGAGCUGGACGUGGACCUCAAGUGCACCAACAAGGAGAGCCCGGAGGAGGUGGGCAGCCCGCUGGCGCACACCUGGAACCUUGGCUGCCCCUCGCGCUGCCUCUACAGCCGGCUGUGCGGCUUGCAGAAACUGCGGCAGGAGCUGGCGUUCACCAUCUGCCUGCAGUACUGCUACCGUGGCAUGGAU